CUCCCGAAAUCAGUUCAUCUCAGGUACGAGUACGAGUACGAGUAUGCCAAAUUCCGAUCGUUUAUUUCGCAAAUCAUGAUGUUAUUGUUCACAUUCAUCAAGCCAUGAAUAAAGCAACUACGGCCGUGUCAUCCUUUUUAUUGAAACCUUGUCGACGUGUUCUGUCGGUAACUGAACUUCAUUCAAUUUAUCCAAUUGCCACUGGUUCCUUCCAGAGUAAAAAACGCAACAACACCGCGGCCAUUUCGUACCGAUCCUUUUCAAACACAACAGUUAGUUACAAGAUGUCUUCUUCAAACCCCUAUGCCAAAUACGCUUCCUUAGCCGAAAAGGCCUGCGAAUUUCUUACGGCUUCCCCGGAUCCUUUCUACGUCGUUCAUAAUUGCGUCGCCAAGCUCGAAGCCAAUGGCUACACCAAGCUAAACGGGUCUCGCCCCUUCACCGGACAGUUAGUCCCAGGUGGCAAAUACUAUUACGUCGUCGACCUAACAACCCUAGUGGCCUUUUGUGUGGGUCCGAAACUGGACGUCGAAAAAGAACCCUUUGGCUUCCACAUUGUCGCCGGACACACGGGUACGUCCAACAAACAAAAUGGAUUUUCCGAAAUGGAUAGUUUCCGAUCAUCUCUAACCGCCUGUUUUUUAAUCCGACCCGUGUCGUUCAAUCUCUACUGCAUUCCGAAUCGACCUACUAACUACUAGAUUCUCCCAAUCUACGAAUCAAACCCAGAUCCAAACGGUCGGCAUCGGGAUGUACCCAGCUGGCAGUCGAGACCUACGGGGGUGGUCUCUGGCACACCUGGUUCGACCGCGAUUUGUCGGUCUGUGGCCGCGUCCUCCUCCAGGAACCACAGGCGGUUUCCGAAAGUGGCCGGAGCAUUGUAAACACAAAACAACGAUUGGUCAACCUCGAGGAUCCCAUUGCCCGAAUUAGCACCCUCGCGAUCCAUCUGCAAUCGGCCGAGGAGCGCAAAGGUUUUUCAGUCAACAAGGAGAACCAUACGGCUCCGAUCAUUGCCACUAAGAACACCGGAGAGGAAAAAAUAGGAUCUCAAUCAAACAAACAAGCCGGAAAAGUUCUGGAACAAGAGGCAAGCGAUCAAAUCAAUGCAUUGUCUAAGUGGCAGGAAUCCCAGGAGCCUCUCUUGCUCAAGGCCAUUGCCGAUAAGCUCGAAACAACUGUGGAGUCGAUUGUCGACUUCGACCUCAGUCUCUAUGACACCCAGGGUGCAGCUUUGGGGGGCAUCAGCAAAGAAUUUCUGUAUUCGGCCCGCUUAGACAAUCUGGCAACGGUCUUUGCUGGCCUAGAAGGACUAGUAUCCUUUACAAGCCCAAGCACCGACGAAGGAAUCGAGGCUCUCAACAAUUCAUCUGAUGUUUCGGUGGCCGUCUUUUUUGACCACGAGGAGGUUGGUUCGACCUCAGCUCAGGGUGCAGGCUCUCCUGUUAUGCAGGGUGCUAUCCAAAGGAUUUCGGCUGCUCUCUACGGGGGUGCCUCCCCAAGUCCAGACGUACACCAGGCGUGCAUCAACAAAUCCUUCGUCUUGAGCAUCGACCAGGCCCAUGCGAUCCACCCCAAUUAUUCUGCCAAACACGAAUCCAAUCACGCGCCGACACUCAAUGGUGGUUUGGUCAUUAAAACCAAUUCCAAUCAGCGGUGCGUGAUGAAAGGAAAUGAUCGCGAUAGUUUUGUAAGAAAUAUUGCAGUUUCAUGACCGGUUUCUUACCAGCUUUUCUUGUAAUUGUUUUUUUUAAUGGUUAUCCCGCGUACAGAUACGCUACCAGUGGCAUUAGCGGCUUUGUGGUGAGGGAGCUAGGACGUAUUGCGGACAUUCCAAUCGAUGAAUUUGUCGUAAGAAACGACUGCGGAUGUGGGAGCACUAUUGGUCCCACCAUCAGUGCCAGGACAGGAAUUCGUGUAGUCGACGCAGGCAUGCCACAACUCUCGAUGCAUUCCUGCCGAGAAGUGAUGGGCAUCGCUGAUUUGUCUCAUGGUAUCGAUUUGUUCCGGGUAUUUUACCAGAAAUUCCGCCAACUCGACGGGAGUAUAUGUCGCGAAGUAACCAAGUAGAAAGACCAAAAUAACAAUAGUAGACAGAAUUCUGCUGUCAUGGCUGAUUGGAUAGACCUCGUCUCAACAGGGAGCAAGAAACAUGCCUUUGGAUCAAAUCACAAUUCGAAACAACGAAUAGAGUAAAAGAAAUUGG